AUGAACGUCGUUGCCAGUCUUCCUUUGACUCAUUCCAAAAAGGAUUUUGUUUGGAUGAUUGUUGAUCGACUCACCAAGUCAACUCACUUUAUCCCUGUUUGGGUUAAUUAUUCUUUGGACAAGUUGGCUAGAUUGUACAUUUUUGAGAUCGUUAGACAUCAUGAUGUUUCAUUGUCCAUCAUCUUUGACCAAGAUCCGAGUUGGGAAGAUUUCUUGCCUUUAGCCGAGUUCGCUUACAAUAAGAGUUACCAGGCUAGUAUUCACAUAGAACCGUAUGAGGCUCUAUAUGGACGUCAUUGUCGUACUAUUAUCUGUUGGACCGAAUUUCAUGAUAGGAAGAUUUUGGGUCUAGAGUUAGUUCAAGAGACUAAGGAUAUUGUCAGAUUGAUCUGUGAUCGUCUAAGAGAGACAUUCGAUAGGCAGAAGUCAUAUGCAGAUCAGCGACAAAAUGAUAUCGAGUUUAAGGUUAGAGAUCAGGUUUUUCUGAAAGUGUCUUCAUGGAAGAAAGUGUUGAGAUUUGGACGUAAGGGUCACAUCAUUCAGAUUGAGGAGGUAGAGUUGAGAUCUGAUUUAUCUUAUGAGGAGGAUCUCGUUCAGAUUUUAGAUCGGAUGAGAGAGUUCUUCAGAAUAGGCAAAGAAAACUUUGAUCUCCGUUUCGUCGUUGAUCGUUAUCCCGUUUUCGACACCUCCUGCACCAUCGUGUUCUUUGCGUCGUCCCAAUUCCACCGGUGUGUCAUUCUUGGCUCCGUUAUCACCGGCGUGUGA